AUAGCUCAAUCAUCAGUUUCACUUUCAACCAACCUGAAGUAGUGCUCAGCAAACCACAUCCAAUCCACUAUGAAGGCCGUUUUUGUAUUCACCGCUCUGGUGGCAAUCACCACCGCUUCCUAUAUCCCUGUUGAAGCGUCAACCAAAAGCCUCAAAGACGACUUCCAAGACUUCGUCAACCUGCUGCCGGUGGACAAACUCACCGAUCUGGUCGUACGCUACUUAACCACUGACAAGGAAUUUCAGGAAGCGUUCGCCUAUCUGCAGGGUAAGGAGUUCGCCGCCGUUUGGGAUCAGUUGUUCGCCCUGAAGGAAGUCAAGGAAGUGCUGAACUACUUGGAAGAUGCUGGUUUGGAAGUUUAUGAGCUGCUUAAUCAGGUUGCCGAUUUCCUGGGACUGAAUCACGUCAAGCCGACGAAAGGAGUUAAGAGCUUAAAAGCCGGAGGAUUGAGCGGAUUUGUCGAUGAGGCUCUUGCUCUGCUGCCCCUGAAGGAACUGAAGGCUCUCUUUGAAGAGAAACUGAAGACCAGCCCUGAAUUCAAGGCGUUCUUUGACAAGCUGUCUAGCACUGACUUCCAGAAGUUGGUUGACUUCUACCAGAACUCCAAGGAAGCUCAAGCUUUGGUCCAGAAGCUGCGUGAUCAUGGAGUCGAUGUAGACAAGUUCUUCGAACUGGUCGCUGGAUUCUUCGGAUGGGGUUUGUAAGUGAGACUUUGUGUACUGUUAGAACGUGAUGGUUGCUAAUCAAUAAAACGAAGUUUAUAUUUAACCUCUAA